GUGGAGACGCACAGGGCAGUCGUGCUCUGUGGCGCAACAGGCUGCGGCAAGUCGACGCAGCUGCCGCAGUUCCUCGACGAAGCCGGGUGGACCGCCAAAGGCUAUGUGGUGGCCGUGACGGUUCCCCGUCGCCUGGCCGCCGUGACCUUGGCCACGCGGGUGGCCCAGGAGAUGGGUGUCGAAGUUGGCCGCGAGGUCGGAUACCGAAUCCGUUUCGACGCUUGCGUUAGCCCCGGCAGCACACGCAUCGAAUUCAUGACGGAGGGAAUCCUUCUCCGCGAGAUGUUGUCUGACCCGUUGCUGACGCGAUUCAGUGUCGUUGUCAUUGAUGAAGCGCACGAGCGGAGCUCCAACACGGACUUGCUGCUCGGGUUGCUAAAGAAGAUCUGCCGCAAGCGGCCGAGGCUGAGGAUUGUCGUCGCCUCCGCGACGGUGGACGCCCAGGCCUUCUUAAACUUUUUUCGGAGUGGCGCCAAAGUUAGCGCAGCGCCGCCACCCAAGCGCCCUCGACUCCGCGGCUGGGACGACGAAACCGGCGAGGUCCUACGCCAGCGAGCGCAGGAAGCCGACUGGAGGAGGCUGUGCGUCGACAUCUCGGGUGGCGGGCGCGGUGGUGUGCCCGAGCGGGAGACAUGCCUCAUGGAGAUUGAAG